GUUUGUGAUCAAGAAGAAAUCGCGGUGCAAAAGUAGUGUUAAAGUGAAAACAACCGACAUAAUUAUUAAAAACCUAACCUAUAAAUUACACAGAGAAAACCAGUGACAUAAUUUGACAAAUUAUAUGACAGUUCAUCUGGCAUCAUAGACUAUGGACUAAACUUCCGUCAAUGGUACCAACCUUGUAAUAAUAGUCACCAGUACUGACGGGUAACUUUAGAAUAUCAAAUAUUUAUAGAGUGCAGUUGCUAGUAAACAAUUAUUGACUCACCCACUUGUCUAAGAAGUUGAAAUAAAAAAAUAUGGAUAAAAGUAUGGAACUACUGCUCUCAAAAUUGGAAGAAAAACUUAAUCAACAAACUACGAUUAUAUCCACCGAAGUCACAAAAAACGUAAUGCAGGCGCUAGACGAGAAAAUGAAAUCACUGCUAGAGGAAAAUAAUGCUUUGAAAACCAGAGUUACAGAAUUGGAACACAAAAUUGAUUAUAUGGAGAGAAAUAAGAGAAAAAAUAAUUUAGUGUUUUUUGGUGUAGAAGAGAAAGGGAAAACCGAAGGCGAAUUAGUUGAUCACUUAAAAGAAACUAUUUUUGAUAUGGGUAUACCCAUUGAAAUUCAAGAAAUAGCUAAUGUAUACAGAAUUGGCCCGCACUCAAAUAAAAACCGACCGGUAGUGGUGACCUUUAUAUCAACGUGGAAAAAACAUCUUGUGCAAAGAAAUAAAUCCAGCCUUCCACAAGGCAUUUAUGUUAAGGAAGACUAUCCCAAAGAGGUACUCGAGGCACGUAAGAAACUUCAACCAAAAUUAGAGGAAGAAAAGAAUAAAGGGAAUUUAGCAUAUAUAAAAUAUGAUAACCUAGUAGUGAAAAAAUCAAAAGAUAGUAAUCGUGAGAAACGGAAGCGGGAAAAAACAGAAUCGCCAGCAGUUACAAACCAUACCAAAAAGCAGUUAACUGACCACAACCUAAACACACCCAACGAAUCUCCUGUCAAUAAAAUGAAGGGAACCUUAAAGCCAAACAUUAUGAAUUAUGUAACACGAGGAAGAUCAUCAUCGAUGACUGAGUUGGCAAAAAACUAAAUACUACCCCGGACAAGCGGAACCUGAAAAAGAAAGAUCUCACAACACUGUCAAAUAAAACCAUAAUAAACUGCACCCCAAGCCGGUUGGUCACCGUGGGGGAAGAAGACCACUACCCUCCAUCCAAUAAAACUAAAAGAGAACAAAACCUAAAAAUUUGUACAUACAAUGUAAGAUCACUAUCGACAGCGGAAAGAAUUUUAGAAUUGAACAAUGCUAUAGAAAAAAUAAAUUGGGACAUUAUAGGGCUCGCAGAAGUUAGAAGGAUGGGAUGCACAAUAGAGGAACACAAAGAUUAUAUCUUCUGCUACAUAGGCGAGACUAUUGGACUUCAUGGCGUUGGUUUCCUUAUAAAGAGAACACUUAAAGCCAACAUUGUGAGCUUCACUGGUAUAUCAGAAAGAGUUGCCCUACUGAAGCUAAACUUCGAGGAGGUACGGGUUUCCCUAAUUCAAGUUUAUUCUCCAACUGAGAGCUCAAGCGAAGAAGAAAUCACAAAAUUUUAUAAUGACUUAACAAAAGCACAAGAGCUAGCAGACAAAAAAUUACUAAUUAUUGGAGACUUUAAUGCGAAAAUAGGACUUCCAAAGCCUCACGAAAAUAUAAUAAUGGGCAAAUAUGGAUACGGGAAGCGGAACUCUAGAGGCGAACGUCUAAUACAAUAUGCACACGAGCACAAACUGUCAGUGAUGAAUACAUAU